AUGGGCUGGGUACAUAAUGCCUCUCCCGAGGUUGAAGCUGCCUCGCAGUACCGCCUCAUUCUGGGUGUAUGUUUGAGUCUCACUAUCUUAAUGGUUUUCACGGUUUCCCUGCGACUUUUUCUUCGAGCGCGAGCCAGUCGAUGGGCAGCGGCGGACUAUGUUAUGGUUGUUAGACGCCCAUUUUACCAGAUUGGAAUCGCAGGAUUCAAGGCUUCGCUUUGCCUUAGCUAUCUGCGACUGAUCUCUGGAACCUCAAAGCGUCUUUACCGAAUUGUGAUCUGGAUUGUGAUCGCGGCAUCUACGUUGGGUCAUAUCGCUGGUGCUUUGAGCCUGCUCUUCAAUUGCACACCGGUCCGACGAUCAUGGAACGCCCAUGUACCAGGCACAUGUCUUCCCGUGGGAGGCCUGUUCUACGGUCUCGCAAUUUAUACCAUCAUCACAGACGUGACCAUCAUCGUGCUUCCCAUCCCAUUGCUCCUUAGCCUGAAUAUCAAAACUGCACAGAAGGCUGGUGUUGUGUGCCUUUUCCUCCUCGGUCUCUUCACCACGGUCUGCUCGAUCAUGCGGCUAACUCAGAUACAACGUGUCGCAUUCGGAGAUGGAAACUCAACAAUGCUUGUGCUAUGGGGAACAAUCGAGUUCAACGUGGGCAACAUUGUCACUUGCAUUCCAUAUCUGGCACCUCUACUCAAAGGCUUCGUGCGAGGACUCGCUCCAACCAGUGACAGAAGCAAGAAUUAUUACUAUGACAGCCAAGGCAAAGGCUACUUGAUGGGGAAUUGGUCGAAGGAUCGGCAAUCGCACAUGCAGUCAACAGCUUCCGGCCGUACACAGCUAAAGAGAACACCGAGCGAGGAGCUCAUUUUGGCUAGUCAGGAGCCCGACCACGGAGGUAUCGAGAGGACGAUAGAGUAUAGAGUAUCUUUAGAGGGCAAGCCAACCAAAUAG